AGCCCAGGUCUAAGGAGCCGUUCCAAACAGUGAGCUUUGGCUGCUGCCAGCGUUCUUUGUCGAACAACACAUCGCAUAUUAACAAGGGCUGCCGGGUAAAUUGCACGACCUAUCGCAUCAUUUCAUUGAAAUAUUCUAGAGGUCUUUGUCUCCUGGGUAUUUGAUUAUAGAGCCUCGACUCGAAUACAACACUUCAAGCUGAAAACAAACUACUCAGGCGAGCAAGACUUAACCUCAAAUGCUCCAAAACUACAACAUGACUAUCUAUACCAUCAACCCAAGCGGCCUUUUUCCGGACGCCUAUGUCCUCGAGGGUAUGCCUGAGCUCGGCGAGGACACUGACGAUACCAAGCUGCAGGUCCAAGUUCUUCAGAAUAACACGACCUUUUGCGCCUUCCUGUUGGAUUUCAAUAGAAGUCAACAUCCACCCGGGAUUCCCCGUCGAUUGUUUGUACAGAUUCAAAAGUACGAAAAGAAUGGAUCUCCCCUGGUAACUGCUGCACUCACAAACCUGGCCCGAACCGUCCUUCCUUCGCUGGUUCCGAAGGUCUGGGGUUCUGGAUACAGUUGGAUGGAAGACGGUACGAAAGUCUCUUAUGUCCUCUCUCAAUGGUACCCGGAUGCCUGUACACUGGAAACAGUGUGGGAUGACAUGGACGUCGAAAAUCGGGGAGAAAUAGUCGGGGAUUUAUUCGAGGCAGUGUCAAAGUUGCGCAGCCUUUCCUUCCAGAAGCUGACCCUUGAGCAAUGGCAAUGUUUGCGUAACACCCCAUUUGAGACAAAGAACACCGAGCUUCCCAUUCUCGUAGGUGGUCCGCCUUACGGAUAUCACCACGACUUUGCGUCCCUAUUGCGCCGUAACCUCUGCCCCAGGAACGCCGAUUGCGCGGUCAACGAAAAGACCGAUGGGACUUUGAUCGUGAGCUUCUGUGCCACAACGACUUGGAGCCCCACAAUCUACUUGUUGAGAAAGUCUCUACCGAGUGCGGCGACGAGUACAAGCUUGUGGCCAUACUCAACUGGGACCAAGCAGGCUUCGUUCCUUUCGCCUUUGAGGUUUCUCGAAAAGAUUUACAUCUAGGCUUGUGGAACUUCAACUGGAGUUGGUACGACAUGUACCGGCAACUUGCGGGUCAUCAACUUUUCGACACUCCAGGUUGUCCGAUUUGGUCAAAGCUGAUCCGGUGCCUAAUGGCUGUUCAUUCUUCCAGCCAGUCCAAGAUCGUUGAAGAAUGUACUUCGGACGGCACCGCACAGAUGCUGUGGCUGGAGAAGGAAGUUCUCACGUUUUCAACACUCGCUGAAGAAGGAUGGGUGAAGAUGCACUCUUUUGUCACAUUUCCAUCCACUG